GAAAAGUCUUCACUUUCUCACCAUAACAAGGGUAAAGUUCUUUUGACCUGUUGAACAAGUCUUUAUCGACCACGUGUCAACCCUCACACAAAUCCCUCGCACGUGCCGGAUCUGUUAUAAAUUAGGAGCGACGGACUUCUAGUCCAUCUCAGUUUUCAAACGCCGAUCUCAAAUCUCUCUCUCUCUCUCGAAUUCGAUCAAUCAUGGUUGAGCCGGCGAAUACCGUUGGGAUUCCGAUGAAUCACACCGCACUGUUGACGGAUGAGCUCGAUAUCGUGAUCCCGACGAUCCGUAACCUCGACUUCCUGGAGAUGUGGAGGCCGUUUCUCCAGCCGUACCAUCUGAUCAUCGUCCAGGACGGAGAUCCGUCGAAGACGAUUGCUGUGCCUGAAGGGUUCGAUUACGAGCUCUACAACAGGAACGACAUCAACCGGAUCCUCGGCCCCAAGGCUUCCUGCAUUUCCUUCAAGGACUCUGCUUGUCGCUGCUUCGGCUACAUGGUCUCCAAGAAGAAGUACAUCUUCACAAUUGACGACGAUUGCUUCGUUGCCAAGGAUCCAUCUGGAAAAGCAGUGAACGCUCUUGAGCAGCACAUCAAGAACCUUCUCUGCCCAUCGUCUCCAUUCUUCUUCAACACCUUGUACGAUCCAUACCGUGAAGGUGCUGAUUUCGUCCGUGGGUACCCUUUCAGUCUCCGUGAGGGUGUUUCCACUGCUGUUUCUCACGGUCUGUGGCUCAACAUCCCUGAUUACGAUGCCCCGACCCAGCUCGUGAAGCCUAAGGAAAGGAACACAAGGUACGUGGAUGCUGUCAUGACCAUCCCAAAGGGAACACUUUUCCCAAUGUGUGGCAUGAACUUGGCCUUUGACCGUGAGCUCAUUGGCCCGGCUAUGUACUUCGGUCUCAUGGGUGAUGGUCAGCCUAUUGGUCGCUACGACGAUAUGUGGGCUGGAUGGUGUGUCAAGGUGAUCUGUGACCAUUUGGGAUUGGGAGUGAAGACGGGUCUGCCCUACAUUUACCACAGCAAAGCGAGCAACCCAUUCGUGAACCUGAAGAAGGAGUACAAGGGAAUAUUCUGGCAGGAGGACAUCAUCCCUUUCUUCCAGAGCGCGAAGCUCUCGAAAGAAGCUGUGACGGUUCAACAGUGCUACAUGGAGCUGUCCAAGAUGGUGAAGGAGAAGCUAAGCGCCAUUGAUCCUUACUUUGACAAGCUUGCGGAUGCUAUGGUCACUUGGAUUGAAGCUUGGGAUGAGCUUAACCCGGCCACUAAAGUUUGAGCAGCACCACCGCAGUUUUGGUUAUUAGCUCAACCUAUCAUCUAUCUUCUUGCUUCCCCCGUUUUGUUUUCUUUUUCUUUUCUCAUUUUCCGGCGAUUCUUCAGUUCGUUUUUUAAGUCGUCGGAGUUUAUUUAAAUAGUGACAUGGUGUAGUUCUAUUUAAGAUGGAGACAAUCUGUUCUUUGAGCUUUUUGCUUUUGUUUCAAUAAUAAAAUCAUUUAUCCCUUUAGUUUUUUGUUAUUUUUGCUUGCUUUGGUUUUCUGUAUAAUACGUUAGAAAGUUCGAAAUCGAUAGAUAGUAAACAAAUUCGAAAA